CGGAGCAGGAAUUCCGGCUAUGCGCCGAUGACAGCGUCGCCGAUGGGGCAACACCGAUUCUGACCUCCCUCUGGCGUUACGAAUAACCAGCUGCAGGGCCACUUGGCAGCAGUGACCCCGCAGAUACGCACAGCUGUGUGGGGGCCGACGGCUUGAGUCAGACUCUGAGGACGGCGGAGGAAGCCCUGAUGCUCCUAGUUGGAUCGGUGCCUUUUCUCCACACGAACUAGACUGAUUAUGGAUUUGUUCGGGUUGCUGCAUUUGGACGAGCUGUCCCAUGGACUGGCAAACUUGUCCAUGUUUCCAUACUUUGACAUAGCGCACUACAUCGUGUCGAUCAUGGCUCUGAGGGAGCAGCCAGGUGCUCUCGAGGUCUCCAGAGUCAGCCCCUUGGCCUGCUGGUUCAGCUCCAUGCUCUUCUGUUUCGGUGGAGCCGUGCUGUCGGGCAUCAUGCUGGCCGAGCCGGUUGUUGCACCUUUGUCCAACAGCACCAGUAUCCUGCUUGCUUCGAUCACCUGGUACCUAGUGUUUUACUGCCCCAUGGACCUGGUGUACUGUAGUGCUGCCCUGCUGCCUCUCAGGCUGGUGCUGUCAGCGAUGAAGGAGGUGACCAGGACAUGGAAGGUGCUCGGGGGGGUCAUCCAGGCACACGGCAAAUUCAAAGACAGCCUGCUGGUUAUGAUAGCCAAUGGAUGGGCUAAAGGUGCUGGAGGUGGUCUGAUAAGUAAUUUCGAGCAGCUUGUUCGAGGCGUAUGGAAACCAGAGACUAAUGAGCUCCUAAAAAUGUCUUAUCCCACCAAGAUCACCCUGAUAGGAGCGGUGCUGUUUGCUCUGCAGCAGACCCACUACCUGCCUCUGCAGACGCACCACCUGAUGCUCAUCUACACCGUCUUCACCGUCGUCAACAAGUCAAGGAUGAUGCUGACAGGCUCCUCCGCCUCACCAUUCGCUGUCAUCGAGUCGGCCGUCUACAAGACCCUCUUCACUGGCAGCUCCCCUUAUGCUGCCCUCACCGACGAGACAAAGAACAGGUGUAUCGAUCACGGUGCAACCAACGGGGCGACCUCCACCGCCGGAACCAAAGAGAUUGGCGAGAAUGGAGCAGCGGUGAAAAAGACCCCGGUUUCUCCAGUCAAGGGACAAAGUGGAUCGCUCAAAGCCAAAGAAGAGUCAGAGAACGCAGAUAAAACAGACUGCAAGAAGAAAAAAUAGUCAGCCUCCGCCCCAUAGCGCCUUUUCACCUCUAAGCAGGGUUGUGGAGUCAUUUCUGAUUCAGAUUUGUCACGUCAGUACUUCAACUUUUGUCACGUCAGUACUUCAACUUUAUGUGCUAUUUUUCUUUUAUCAAGACAUAUGUGACCGUCUAAACAAUAUGUCUAUUAUUCAUUACUUAGACUGCAAUUUAAAUCUGACUGCUGAAAUAGAAUUUAAAUAAGAGCUGACUCCAACCAACCUUGCACCUUAUUGUGAGAUAAUCACCCCGUCCUUAAAGUACUGUGAUAUGACUGCUGUUGGAUGUGAACGUCAUACUAUCCACGGGCUGUGGAUAGUAUUUGUAGUACAACGUGUAGCUUAAUUUUUAAUAUAUAUUUAUAAUGAGUUAAAACUGUUGGCUUGUAUCCUUGGGUUUUUGGGAACAGAGCUGUGCACCUGCUGAUCUUUGAAUGUCUAUGUAUCUUUUUUCUGCUUCAUGUAAAUGCUAUAUUUCCUACUCUGAAAUGGUGAGAAACAUUUUAUAAAAGAAAUUAUAUAUUACAAUACUCAGAUAUUUUAUUCUAUUUAUAUUAAAUGAUUUCACACUUGAAUGAACAUUUCAAAAUAGAAGACACUUUUUGAUUGUAUUCUGUUUCUUUGGUGAAUGCUUUGAAUUACACUUAAAAGCAUGAGAAUAAACGGGUUAAAUGCA